UGACAUCUUCGGUUAGUGCUGUUGGAAGCGUUAGAGUGGGUUGGUAUUUAUAAUCGUUUGAAUAUUCUGGGUAGACUUCAAACUCCUAUUUCUACAGAUAUCCAUGCUUACCGGUAGCGUAGAUGAUGACGUUCCAGAGCGUGACCUUCACGAACCAGUCAUUGACGAUUUCUGCUUCAUGCAACCUCCAUAUGGAACACCUAUUGAAUUUGUCGAAUCACAUUUUGGGAAGCAUUCGGGUGCAAAGAAUUUCCAGUUUUUGAAAGGAACUACAACACUUGCCUUCAUCUAUGAGCCAAAAACACCGGCAGAUAAGGGAGGGAUUAUAAUUGCUGUAGAUUCGCGUGCAUCUGCUGGAGAAUACAUAUCAUCUAAGAGUGUUAUGAAAAUACUGGAUAUCGGCGAUCGAAUGGUAGCAACUAUGGCUGGUGGUGCUGCCGACUGUCAGUUUUGGACACGUAUCGUUGCUAAAUACUGCACGCUAUAUGAGCUUCGGGAAAAGACAGAAAUUACUGUGGCUGCUGCAAGCAAAUAUUUCCAGAAUGUUUUGUAUUCGUAUCGAAACCAUGGACUGUCGGUUGGAUCCAUGAUUGCCGGCUAUGACAAACGUGGACCUGCAAUUUUCAAAGUCGACAGUGAAGGACAACGCGUCCAAUUAAGACUGUGUAGCAUAGGUUCAGGUUCUUUGAGUGCUUAUGGUAUCUUAGAUAAUUUUUACCAGCCCAAAAUGACGGAUGACGAAGCAUACAAACUGGGUCGGCGAGGAAUAAUGCAUGCUACUUAUCGUGAUACUGGUUCUGGUGGUGUUUGCAAUAUGGUGCACAUUUCGCCGACUGAGAAAAUUCGUUUUCCGCCACUGGACGUAUCGCAGCUUUACUACGAAUUUGCUACUGAGUUGGGACGGGACAUUGUUUACGAGCCCGAAAUGGAAACAUAAUUAGUUUUUAAUACUUCAUAACCAUUGUGUACGGUUGUUGGACUUUUCCUUUUAUGUAAAUUAAAUCUCGGCAUAGAGUCCUCGUUUUCUCCUUUUAAGAUUGCAUUCGGGACUUUCACGCAAUUGAUGAUUUUGGUAAUCCAAAUUGGUCUCGAAGGAAAUUGAUUCACUUUCUUGGGAUUUUUGGUAUUGCUACGAUGCUAAUAUCUUGGAUUUUUUAGCACUGCUACGAUCUGAUGUCUUAGCAGUGAAGAUGUCUUUGAUAUAUGUUCGAUAACAAAAACAGCAUCAGAAUUUAAUCAAAAUUUACUGACUGGGAAAAAUUUGAUUUUGACCUUUGAUUUAUCAGUGUAAUUUAAUUUACAAUAAGACUGCUCGAGUCUCAGAAACUGUUCAAAAUAAAAGAUAC